UCGCUUCCAUCUUUAUAACGGACCCCGCACACCGAACACCCGCACCACGCAGUCCCCGGCUCCCCGCUACACUCACACCAAAGACCAAACCCAAUAGACGUCCGUGAGCAAGAAAGAAGCAGAUCCAUGUCUUUCAUCCCGGAGUCACCUGCAGCGAGGAAGCUCCUGGCACGGAGCGGCGGAGCCAUGACGCGAUCCAUGCGCGACGCCGGCCUCGGCUUCGACCUCGACGGCGCCGGGCGCUUUCUUGCUCCCCUGUGGGAGCUCAUCAAGCAGAAGGCCGCCGAGCUCGCAGCCUUCCUCGCCAGCCUCCUCACCGUGCUCGCCAAGAAGGCGGACGAGCUCUUCCCCCCGGAGACCCGCUCGGAGACGCUCGCGCAGUGGGUCCGCAUCGGCGUCACCGUCGUGCUCCCGGCCGCGCUCGGCGCGCUUGUGCUGUUCUGGCUCGCCCGCUGCUGCUGCCGCUGCUGCUGCGGCCGCCGCCGCGGCGGGCGAACGAUGGUGGCUCCCGGCCGCCGCGGCGCGCGCAUGCCGCGCUAUGCGUUCGAGGAUGAUCCACGGACAUACUUCCGCGACCUCCGUGCAAAAAAGCCCCUCGUAUACUAGUGCUAACUCGUCCUCGGUAUGUUCCACCUCACGUAAGUACGCCGUGUACAUGCGUACGAGUAUUCGUGUAUGGUGGUAUUUGUGUCCGUACGGUUUAGUGCUAUUAUGUUGUGUAUGUAUGCAGGCAGGAUGCGUAUGCAAGUUUAAGAAUCUCUAUUCCUAA